AGGAUUUCAUUAAUCAAAACAAUUAGAGGAAUUAAUAAGACACAAUAAUAGCGUCGGGAAAACUACGAUGGCUCCAACGGUGCAAAACGGAGCAAACGGGGUCGAUAAAAGGCCCGUUCGACAACAAGAACGCAGGUCAGAGCUGAUAUCUCGUGUGAAGUAUUGCAACACACUCCCAGAUAUUCCUUUCGAUUUGAAGUUCAUCACUUACCCGUUCGAAAAUGACCGGUUCAUCCAAUACAAUCCAACCUCGUUGGAGCGUAACUAUCGCUACGAGGUGCUUACCGAGCAUGAUCUGGGCGUCACGAUCGAUUUGAUCAAUCGUGAUCUGUAUCAAAUUGAUCAUACUGCCCAGCUGGACCCAGCAGACGAAAAGUUGCUCGAGGAAGACAUUCAUACUCCGCAAGAUUCGAUGCGAAGCAGCCGACAUGCAAAGAGCGUGUCUUGGUUGCGCAAGUCGGAAUAUAUUUCCACCGAACAAACGCGCUUCAAUCCACAAACGAUGGAAAAAGUUGAGGCAAAAGUUGGUUUCAAUGUCAAGAAAAGUUUGCGUGAAGAAACACUCUACAUGGAUCGUGAGGCGCAAAUUAAAGCGAUCGAGAAAACAUUCGAAGACAACACGAAAACGAUCACUACGCACUACAGCAAGCCAGGAGUUACGCCGGUGGAAGUCAUGCCAGUCUUUCCGGACUUUGCAAACUGGAAGUAUCCGUGCGCUCAGGUCAUUUUCGAUUCUGAUCCGGCUCCAAGUGGCAAAAAUAUACCGGCCCAAAUCGAGGAAAUGUCUCAGGCCAUGAUCCGAGGUGUGAUGGAUGAGAGUGGUGAGCAGUUUGUGGCCUACUUCUUGCCAACCGAGGACACCCUCGAGAAGCGUCGACGCGAUUUGGUCAAUGAGACGUUGUACGAGGACGACGAAGAGUACGAGUACAAGAUGGCACGCGAGUACAACUGGAACGUCAAGAGCAAGGCCUCCAAGGGUUACGAAGAAAAUUAUUAUCUCGUGCUGCGCCAGGACGGAAUUUAUUACAACGAAUUGGAGACUAGAGUACGAUUGAGUAAGCGACGUCAGAAAAACGCUCAGCAGCAAAGUAACACGAAGUUGGUGGUAAAGCACCGGCCUCUGAAUGCAUCCGAACACCGCAUGCAACGCUAUCGCGAGCGACAGCUCGAACCUCCGGGUGAAGAGGAUGAAGAAGAUAUUGAAGAGGAGGAGGAAGAGGAAGAAGAUGAAGAAGACAUGCAAGGAAGCCAGACACAGACAGGUGACGGUAAAGAAAAUGACGAAGAAAAGGCAAAUCGUGAGGAUCGGAGAAGUCGUUCUCGAUCCAGAUCCCAGGUAUCGAAACGGUCGGGCUCGUCUCAGUCUAGAUCGAGGUCUAGAUCGGGCACAAGAUCACAGUCGAGAUCGGUGUCCAGAAGCCGUAGUCGUUCGAAAUCAGACAGCCGCAGUCGAAGCGGAUCUGGAAGCCGUAGUCGCAGUGGAUCCAGAAGUCGUUCGCCCACGCGCAGUCGAAGCCGCAGUGGAUCUCGGUCCCGUUCGCGAUCCCGCUCGGGCUCCGGCCGGGGAUCUGCAUCACGCUCUCGAUCUCGUUCCGUAUCGCGUUCCCGUUCACGAUCCCGGUCGGGAUCUGGUUCUCGUUCGGGGUCCGGUUCUCGCAGCCGUUCUGGUACACCCAACAACAGAGGUUCUCGAAGUGGAUCCGCCAGCCAUUCUGGUAGUGAUUCCGACUAAAUUUCUACCAUCAACGUUUCUAUACUCGAUGAAUAAACGAGCAUUUUGUUUCUAUGACCC